AUGCGCACAUUAGGAGGCAGCUCGUCGCACGCAGCGCGUGAGAAGGCAGCGGUCGAGCUUCAGUUUCUUGAGUCCGGUGUGAAUCAAGCAGCAAGCAGCGACUCAGGAAAGGUGGGUGUUUGCGCAGCGUUCUAUCCGCUGGUUGCGGAUGCAGGAGAAAAGAAGGCGCCGCCAUGGCCGUUGUGCAUGUCGAGAAGGGACGGUCGAGAAGAGGCGGCGCUCAUGAAGACGCUUCUCAAUUUUUGGAGCCUCGCGCUCGUCGCACUAGCCUUCUGGCGGAACGCGAGCGAAGUCGUGGCUUGGCACGACCAGGCGCAUAUGCUUGUUGCAGCGGUCGCGAGGGAGUACCUGAAGCCAGACACCGUGGAGAAAAUCGAGGCGAUUCUGGCGGAGUGGACGGCCGAGUACCCCACGACGUCGACUCUGGAGACUGCCGCCGUGUGGCUAGACCAUGUCGCUUGCUCGAUGCCCGGCCGCUACUGCCGCGGCUUCCUUCGGCAGGACGACAUCCGCAUCUUCAAGCCAUGGCACUAUACGAGCCACGUCUACAACCCGCAGGGGCUGACGCUAGAUCCUCGCGACGCCGUUCAGCCGUACCCGCAGACCGGUAGCGCGUGGAUUUUGAUAAAAGCCUACGAGUCUCUGCGCAACUGCAGAAGCGAAGAGAGCUCGCCGAAGGCGUCCGCAGUUCGCGCGCCGAGGGAGGCCGAAGCGACGAAUGGGGGAGGGCCUCCGGAGCCUCCUCAAGAGGAGCAGGCGCGUGAGGAAGAAGUUGCGCGUGGAGCCGACAUGCCUGUCGCGUUUCUCCACUCGUCGCUGUCGUCGUCGUCGUUCUUUCCUCUGCUGCAGGCGUUCAGCGAAAAACUCGCCGCGCUGCUGUCGUGGAGCAGCAGCACGUCGGCGCCCGAGUUUGCAGGCACUUCUGGGCGCUCAGUUGCGGACUACUUCGUCCCUCCGGCGCUUGUUUUCAGCCGCCCCGCUGAGGACGCACAGGGGCCGCGGAGAAAUGCCGGCGGCGCGAAGAGCGAGAAGGCCGCCGCGGCCGAGUCUGCGCCCGCAGCCGUCUGUAGCAAACUCUCGCUGAACCUCCACCUGCGCGUGCUGCUCCACGUCUACGGUGACGCGCACCAGCCGCUUCACUCGACAGAAACCUUUUCAACUGCCUUCCCCAAGGGCGACGACGGCGGAAACAACAUCACCGUAAUCUUGCCGGGGUCGGUGGCGGGUGCGGCCUCGGGUUCAGGAACGGAGAACCCGCUGUCGGCAGGCGAGCCCGACGGAACCGAGACUGCCCCUCGGGGGCCACCGGGCUCGGCACCGGGGGACGAAGCGUGGACUGAGUCGCCUCGCGGCGAGAAGCGCAGUCGCAGCUCCCACACCUUGCACAGCGAAUGGGAUGCAGCGUUUGGCCAGUACGAUACGCUGUUCUACGACGUGGACAUGACUGAGCUCAAGAAGGAGGCGCAGCGCCUUGUCAAACUCCAUCCUCUCGACGCUCACGCGAGGAAAACGUUUCUGGACUUCGCGGGUAUCGUCCGAGAAAGUCACCAGCUGGCGAGAGAGCACGUCUUCUCUGAGUUCGACUGGGCCACGUUCUCGUCGGCGUCUUUGCCGUACGGGCCGAGCCGUGAAUACGUGGAGAAGAGCCAGGCGAUUUGCGAGAAGCAGAUUGCGCUGGGCGGCGCACGUCUGGCGCUGGUGCUAGAGAGUCUGAGCGCCUCCCUGCCUGCGCCGCCGUCCACAGGCGGGUCCGCGCUCGCGUCCUCGUCGCAGGCGUCGGCGCUGGAGUCCGCGGCGGGGUCGGUCGUGGGCGAGGAGGGCGCGGCGGCUUUGCGGCCGUCGUGCGCCGCCUCUGAGGACUCAGUUUGCGUUUCGCGGAAGAGAGGAGGAAACGGUCCCGUUCUUCUGUUUAGCGAGCCCAGUGCGUCGUUGGAGUCUGCCGCUGUGGCGCUGCAGUACUCGCGGCCACUAUCUGCCCUCCUACUCGCUCUUUUCACCAUGCUCCUCUGUCUCCUCCUCGCUCUCGUGUGGACUUGCCGGCAGCUCAAGUUUUACAAACACGCAAUUUCGCUCACAACGGGGCGCGACCGACUCCGCAGAGCGACUGACGAAGACUCUGCGGGCGCUCUGGCCGCUGCCGCCUCCAGCCUGGAAUGCGCUGGCCUCUUCUCUGCGCCGUCCGCCGUCGUCGCGCCUCAGCGGCGCGUGUUAAAUGCCGCGACACCUAUGGCGACCCGCCUCCUCGCCAGUGCAGCAGAGUAG